GACGUUCAUACCAAAGAAUUACAGUCAAUGCGUGAACAACGGGAUGCGGCUCUCGCAGAAUUGGACAAAGUGAAAAUGUCUUUGCGAGAAGCAGAACGAGAGGCAGCACAAUACAAGCAACAAGUCGACUUACUUAACACGCGAAUGGCCAAAAUGUUGCCGACACUAGAGCAGCCGCAUGAACCGAUAGAUUCUACACAUACCUUGGGUACACGUAUGACAUGUGCCUUGAUGGAAUUGGAAACAAUCAGGCUUGCACGUCAAGAUGCCCUGCUACAGGUGGAAAAGUUGUCUGCACAGCUGGAUGCCAGUAAAAAAGCGUACUAUGAA